AUGACCUUAGGGAUCUCCCAAAAGUCCUUCCCUGUUCUUCUUCUUUCAUAUAUAGGCCCUCAGCAUGGACGUUUGUUUUGUGCCUCCCUGAAUGAAAAGCAAUUAGUAAUCAGGCAGUCGAGGAUUUAUAGCUUUGAGACGCAGGCAGUUGCACCGCUUGAUUUCUUCUCGCGAGUUCUUCUAAGCCGCCCGGCGCUGAACGGAAAUGCGCAUGAAUGUGGUGGUCAUGGAAAGGCGCAGAAGAAACGUGGCGCCCAGGACGACAUUGAGCUGCGCCGUCAUAAGACAAGGAAGGUCACCCAACAGGCAGGCAAUGGCAAUUGGUAUUGA